AUGCCGCCUCUCGCAAAGCGACCACCUCCCUUUAUAAAUAGAAAUACCAUUCCAAAGAAGAGACCGAGGGGCAAUCACCGCCUCGAAGACUUCUUCGGCCGCCCAGCUCCUAUCAUAACCACAAGUGCCAGUGAAGAGUCAAUCAACCUCGGUGGCUCUUCGAACAACGUUGUUGAAAUUGACUCCGACGUUGAAUCCUUAGAGGAACGGAGUGUGGUUCAUACUGAGCCUGCCGUCGAGAUGAACGAGACUAUUUCCCUGGAUUCUGAUAACAAGUUCGUCGAAGAGCCCGCUGAGCGUGCCCCGACAAACAAGAUUAGUUGCGUGGAUUCUAAUAACGAGUUCUUCGAAGAGCCGGCUGAGCGUGCCUCGACAAACAAGAUUAAGAAAGGACUUGGUUUAUUCUUAAAUCAUGUCAUAAUCCCCGACUCAUGCGAAGAAGAAGAACUGGACGAUAGCCCUGCCGAUCGUGUCACGAGAAACGUUGAGACAACAUUUCAGAGCUCGACUAUUGGAAAGUCGACAGAACUCGUCCAUGAGUCCGUAAAAGGCAAGGAAGUUCUCAGAAGCGGCAAGGGCGGACUGUCGGCCUCGAACUCCCACGGCUCGCCGUGGGAGAUUCACGGGUCCGAGAACAUGCCCGAACCACUUCGUAAAAUGAUAUCGGAGUACUGGAAGAACGUAGACCAAGGCUUUUCCUCCGGCAAGUCAAUUGACUUCCGAGAAUCGACCGUAGCAGAUCCACGGAAGCUGGUGUUUAAAGAACUAGACGAAAUCCCACGUCCUAAGUUCAGCUCGAACGACGACACUGAUGAAGCCCGUGAGCAGCGAUUCGCAUGGCGAAUCAAGUGCUUGGUUCACGUUUUGGUCAUGUUCAUCGGCCAUCCUCAAACUACCAGGAUGCUACCAGAAGAGAAGUCUUUGUUCAUGCAAAGUGAUAGAUCCAAGCUGGAAGCUGAAUUCAUCGGGUUUUACAACAAGCCAGCCCGAAUCCUGUACGGCGGUAUCAAAAUGCCGACCUACGAGGACGUCAAAGCCGCCCUACCGGUAUCUCGAUGA